GCGAUGGAAGAAAAACUAUUUGGUCAUCAAGAGAGUUGUGCCCUGCCUAUGGAACCUCCAGCACUAUGGCACUGCAUCCAGUGUGGGAAUUAAAAGGCAAACAAUUGUAGUCUAUCCUAUGCCAAAUCAUGGAGAAGGAAGCCUUAACAGCUAGCCACGAGGUUUUAUAGAACGUGUAAUUAUUAUUGAAGAGCUAAAGGAUUGCACGUAUUGGCUAAAUUGAAACGGCAGAGGAAAGCUCCGACGAUUGACGUUGCCUUCAAUGCUCCGAGUCGCGUUUAAUGGUUGCGUAUCGGCACAACUUUCUGAUUGAAUUACAAGCUACCCUACUGCCCCGAAGCAAACCUUGUCUGUCCAGCGGAAGGCGCAUGGCGACGCCUAUAUAAUAGCAACGUGCUGCAGCACAGAUGGCUGGUAGUUUGUGAGAGAGAUAGAGAGCGCAACAGAUGACUACACGUUAACGUGGAGUUCUCGCAUACUAGCUUUCCCUGCCUACCUACAACAGGUGUAGGCGUGUGUGUGUGUGUGUGUGUUGUGACGACUUGUCGAGUGAAACAUCUAUUGGAAAAGUAUGUCUACAGAAGAUGAAGCCUCUGGGAAACUUAACAUCAUCAAAGGACACUUUUUACAUCCAACCUUGAUUGCUAAAACGAACUGUGAAUUAGAAGUGUUAUCCAAGACGGCGCCAGAUGAUGGACGGUCAUACUGCAAUGCCACGUUUGAUGGGUGGGGAUGUUGGAACCACACCCUUGCAGGGGAGACAGCCUUCAUUACCUGCCCCGCCUUCAUCACCUUCAACCCAAAUGCGACCGCCUUCAGGGAAUGCGGAGAUAAUGGGACAUGGAAGGACCACCCGUUAUCUGGUCGGCCAUGGAGCAACUACUCGGCAUGCAGGCAGAGAACGACCAAUCAGCUGCUCCAACUUGACUCAUCGGACGACGAUCGCCGCUUCAUCUAUAUUUUUAUUGGUGGAUUUUCCUUUUCCAUCGUGAUGCUUUUUAUCUCUUUGAUAAUCUUCUUCUCAUUCAGACAGCUGAGAUGUGAACGCAUCACAAUCCACAAGAACAUGUUCAUCUCCUACCUGUUGACGGGCGUGGCCUGGAUCCUAUACUACACCCUCGUCACCCUGGACGGAACUGUGCUCGUCGAAAACCCGGUUUGGUGUAAGGUGUUGCAUGUGAUUGCUCAGUACUGUACCGUGUCUAACUUCGCCUGGAUGUUCUGCGAGGGCCUCUACCUCCACACUAUAAUGGUGCAAGCCUUCAGGACAGGAAAAGCUCUGAUGGUCGUUAUUCUCAUUAUCGGAUGGGGGAUACCUGCUCUAUUAACCAUAAUAUACACAACAGUGAAAGCUACACGGGGGCAUCACAACGACAGCUGCUGGGUAUUUCCUGAUUCUUACCAGUGGAUUCUGUACGGUCCUGUAAUAUUCUCAGUACUGGUCAACAUCUGCAUCUUGAUCAACAUCAUCCGUUUACUUGUCACAAAGUUGCGACAAAUUCCAGAGGCGUCACAAAGCAAAAAGGCGGCUCGGGCCACGUUGAUCCUGGUCCCCCUGUUUGGCCUUCAGUACCUGGUGUUCCCAGUCCGCCCUGACAAAGACUCUCCCCUCUACGAGUUCUACCAUUACUUCAUUGCGCUGUUGACGUCACUGCAGGGAGCCCUAGUCUCGGUCAUGUACUGCUUUUGUAACGGCGAAGUGACAUCAAUAGUCCGCCGGAAGUGGCACCAACACAGACUGAUGACUGGCCAUGUCCGGAAGAACACGACCUCUGCUACCUUGUAUACAGAAGCCUACUCUGUCAUGCACUCCUCCAACAAAGAUCUCUCUGGACAAAAGUCAAAGGUCGCUUCCGAUCUUUACAAUAAGGCGUUGGUAAGUAAAGAUUCUGUCCAAAUGAAGCCUUUGAAGAUAGAGACAACAUCUACAACAACUCUAACGUGAUAACGUCAACAACGACGUUCAGAGGUCAACGCUUGCCCUCGGGAGAUUCAGUGGUCUGACGCCGACUAAGCCAAAGAAGGCAUCUUCGAUUGGAAGGUCUCACUCACAUUCCUGUGCACUCGUUCCUACUCGCGCCUAUUGUCGUGGCAUGAUCGUUUGGGGAAAACAGUGACGUUACCGUGAUACCAUACACAUCGGUAAAUACAGAGCACGUUAUGUCUGAAUAUUCCAAACAAAAUUGGUCUGUUCUUGCAAGACAUAAUAAAGAUGUUCUUGUAAAUAAUUGUGGUUCCUGGCCAAUAUUAUUUGUUUAUAUUUGUAUAUUAUUUAAAGGGAUAUUCCAAUCAAAUAUUUAAAGUAUUGUAUUAACUUUAAAUAUACCCAGUACUCAUAUGCGUAAUAAGUUUAACCUGUUCUUAUAUGGGCGAUCUCUGAAAGAAUAAUAAUGAAGAUUGCUUACAAGUACAAAAAAGAAAAUGCAAUGUGAAUAUUUUUAACCAUAGUAAACGCUAUGUGUCUAUCAACAGCUAACAUAGCAAAUUCGACUGUCAUUGAACCUAUCUGAUAGCUUUAACCCCAUCAUUCUGAAGUCUCAAUAAACUUUCUAAGGUUAAGUUCAUCGCUUGCAUCAUGUCCGAUCAUGUCUUUGACGCAUCCAUUUCAAUCUCACCAAAGUUUAAAAAGCUGAAUUUGGGAAUUUACUUCAAUGUUCAAUGUUCUAUGUUCUACUCUAUCGCCAUUGGAUUGGGUUUGCAUGGUGUGUCGAUGAUGUCAUAAUCUCACGACCUAUCGUUCUCGUAAGACAUCCGAGACAACAAAAUGGCGAUCUCCACAAGACGGCAAAACACUUUGCUUACCAUAGCGCUUUUAUGAGCAUAAACAGCCUGAACCAAAGUUUCAAACACAUCAGUUUGCCUCUGGAAUAUCCCUGUAUGUGUGUACAUUUCUUUGGGUCAGUCAUUUCUGUGUAGAAUACCAAUCAAUAUAUAUUUCGUUAACUUACAAUAAUUAUUCACCUAUUUAAUACCGUGUUAGAGGGUUUUCGUGAAAUGGUAGCACAUGUAGAGUGUUUUGUUGACAUAUUAAGAUUACAGGUUUAUUAUUUUUUUCAUUUCUCAUCAUGUUCAGUAUAAGCAUCAUUUUUGCUUUGAUGUGAUUAUGGUAUAUACUAUUAAGUUUCUUGUUGUUCGAGAAUAUAUGUGCUGAUUUUGAAGUGGUACGCAUAUAAAGUCGCUAUAUAUCAGGCUUGAUUAUGUAGAGAAAGAAUAUGAAAGAAUGUCGAUAGCGCUAAACAUUAGCAUUGUACAUAGCAUCAACCAGUAUUACAAUAUUUUCCAUAUAAACAUAUUUUGUAUUGUGUAUGUACUGUACGCGGAAGUGAAAAUAGUGUCAUUUGUGUUAGGUAUAUGUUUUUCUUUCACAGUGAAUCGCUUUUUUCUUUAAUAAAAUCACAAUUAUUCAUUUCACUAUUACGUACUACUAAACAUUUGAUCGGAAAUAUCAAAAGAAAUGUUGUUUUAGAUUGUGUAUCUGCAUAUGCUUGUUUUAAGAUGGAAAAGAUAGACGCACACCUGUAGCUGUUUGUUGAUAUAAACAUACUGUUGAUGACAUUAUGAGUGUAAGUGUUUGUGAGUAUUUUACAGUUUGUACUCUAUAGUAUUCUAGAAACAUGUUGUAAAUAUGAUAGUCUAUGUUUGUAGUGUAAUGUUAUCGUUAUCAUAAAGGAAGUUUUUUUAAGGAAUCUUAGUGAUGUAAUCGUUUUAUAUAUUGUUCGAAAUGGUAAGCACAUAGAUAGUUCUCUUAACAAUAUACAUUGUGAAAACUAGGAUAUAUACAUAUAUGCGAAUGUUAAUGAGUAUUCUAUUUCUACAUCUGACAACACAUGUUUUCCGACAGAAUUUCAGAAUACAUGUCAUUUUGGUUUUCGGUAGCAUUCUCCCUUUACGUUAACUCUCAAAGACUGACAUGACGUCACUCUGAUGCAAUGGAUGACGUCAUAUGCUUCUGAGACAUGUUAACCCCACUGUAAAAUAAAACAUGGAGAGAACAAGCUCAGUCGAAGUUGUUCUGAUUGAUACUGAUUACACUUAAUGCAUAAUUAAUGUGGUAUUCGCUUUGUCAAGUGUAAGGGCACGUUUUUUCUGUAACCUGGAAUUGAGAAAAAAUAAAUGCUUAUCAAGGAAAAAUUCGUACGCAGUUAAAAGUCUUGGAGACGUUUUUAAACCAACCAGUCUUCCAUUCAUUCAAAUGGAUUAUGAUAUGUAAUGUGCAGAAAUGUAAUGAUGUUAUGUUUGUUUCCAUGACGAUAUCUUACAUUGUUAUUCCAACCUUAGAGUUGAAAACAAACCCGUUUUCAGUUUCAGUUCAUAUGGAUAGCCUUGAUGCUAUCUGAAGAUGAGAACCAUGUGAUCUACGAUUUAAAACGCAAUUUUAUAUGUUUGAUAUUAUCUUGUUUAAAACAUGUUCUACUUGAUCCUGAAGAAAUUGAAAAAAUACUGAACUGAUAUUUGGAUCAAGUGUAUUUAUUAUCAAGUCCUUUUAUGAGGAUGAAUGUUUCUGCCAAAACAAAUGGUUGGUACAACAAGAUUAUCUUCUGAGAAAUAUGCAAAAGUAAUUUAUCAUCCUGAUACAAAUCUGUACAUUUUUAGUUGGAAGAUACUGUAACAACCAUUAACAUCUGCGUUCAAUGUACAACAUGUGGACCCUAGGUGUGAACACUGUUAUGAAGUUAUUUGUGUGUAUUUUAAUACCUUUUCAUUUUCAUCUUUUUACUAUAGUCUGUGUACGACAUAAAAAGAUGUGCGUGAGGAGUGGUUAUUACUUACAAGUAGUCAUUGACAAAAUAUUGUUACUUUGCGCUGUAUUGUUGACGGUCAGCCAUCUAUUGUGAUAAAUUAGCUUUGCUUCAACUGAAUUGUUAAUUGUUAUACAAUGUUAAAUGAGUGUUAAUAAAAUUUAUGUUGAUGA